UUUGCGUCUCACUUCGGAGUGUCAACAAAACAAACUGGAGUGAGAUCGAAGUAAACAUGCGCCGAUACUCGAUCAACUGAAGCCGAUUUGAUCUGUCAUGGACUGUUGAAGUUCCCUCAGCGCGGCAGUGAGAUGGAGGAGAUGGAGGAGGAUGUUUCAGAUCUGUUUGAUGAUCAUAAUCAUAAUUCUCACGCUCAUGUUGUGAGUGUGUUUACACCUGCGCAGGUGUGUGUUGAUUCAUCAGACUCCUGCAGUGACACCUGUGAAUCUGACAGCUCACCUGCAGCCGCUUCUAAUGGCGCCGCACUGCUGCUCAACUCUGCUUCAAAGUUCCUUAUGAAUGCAAUGACAGCAGAAGAUUACAGGACAAUAUACUGGCCAAAACUAGAGCGAGCCAUUGAACAUCUGCUGACUCAAAGCCCGAUGGACCACAUCUCCAUCUCAUAUGAACAGAUCUACAGUCACGUUUAUAAGUGUGUGUGCCAACAACAUUCAGAACUGCUCUACAGUGACUUGAUAUGGAAGAUCACAUCUCAUCUAGAACACGUCUCUUCAGAGCUGCAGGCCAGUCCACCUGAAAGUUUAAUUGAAAACUUCAACGUUGCUCUGACGCAGUACACUGCUGCGCUACACUGCAUCGUUCCAGUGUUCAUCUAUAUGAAUAAAUUCUACAUUGAGACUAAGCUGAACAGAGACCUGCGGGAUGAUCUUAUGAAGCUCUUCUCAGAGCAUGUAGCCGAGAAACACGUCAGCACAUUACUGCCUCUUCUUAAAAAAGCUCAUUCCAUGCCAUUUCAAGUCAAACCGUCAACUAUGGCGAGUGUUGUGAGAGGCCUUUACACCCUCCGACCAGAUUGGGUGGCUCUCGCUCCAGCUCUGUUUUCUAGAUUCAUUCCUCAGAUCGAUCCUCCUGCUCUUGAAUCUCAUCUCCCAUAUUACGCUGCUCAAGACAAGAAACUGCAAAUGGAGCUCUCACAGAACGGCUUCUCCAGAGGAGACCAGUCGCGAAAGCGAGCGAGCGAAGAAUCGUGACAGUGAAGUGGAUUUUUACACUACUUCAGUUAUGCUGAAAGACUCGAACACAAACACGCCUCCUGAUUUGUGUCUGUGAUUUCCAGUCAAGCUCACCGACAAGCUGCUGUGAUUUAAAGGAAUGGUUCAUCCCAAAAAUGAAAAUUCUGUCAUCAUUUACUCAUCUUCAUGUUGUUCAUCUUCAUCUGCAUGACUUUGUCUCUUCUGUGGAGCACAAAAGGAGAUGUUGGGCAGAAUAUACACGCUGCUAUUUUCCAUAAAAUGAAAGUGAAAAGGGACUAGGGCCGUCAAGCGUCAAAAAGAAAGAAAAAGCACAAUAAAAUUACAAUAAAAGUAGUCCAUAUGACACGACUCGUGCACUGUAUUCCAAGUCUCUUAAAGCCAUAUGUAAUGUUGAUGGAGGGAAAGAUUUUCAAUGCAUAAUGACUUGCAAUCUGGACUAACAUUUUGGAAAGAACAGCAUAAAUAUCUCCUUUUAUGUUUGACGGAAGAAAGAAAAGAAUGAGGGUGAAUAAAUAAUGGUCAUAUUUUUAUUUUUGGAUGGACUGUUCCUUUAAGCCCAUGUAAACUAUUAAAAAUUCACAUCUGAAAUUGCAUUGACAGAAAACUUUGUCUGAUACAGAGACGCUUCGCAUCGAUUCACUUCUACAAUCCUUCGGGAAUUCUCUGUUAUUUUGAGAAUUUGCAAAAGCAUUACAAAACUACACAGACAAGAUCAUCACUAUUGCCUUCCUCAUUUCUCAGUUUAAGCAUUUGGAUGGCACACCCAGAUAUACAGGAAAUAGAUCUGUCAAUAUUUCCUUUGCACAAAAACCAUUGUGUCUCAAGGCUGAUUUUUCAAAUAGAUGGGCUGUUAUACCUUUCUACUCCGAGUACAUUUUCCUAUCUUGUGAAUCGUGUGGGUUUAAAAUGAAUGGUGUGAUAUCUUGGUAAUGCUCUUUUAAGGUUACAAUAACGUUGGUGCUGGAUCCAGGAUUUCGUAUCGAAUAAUGGACGAGGUAUUACAAUUUCGGGUUCACUACUGAAGAAAAGAGGUUCAUUUUUCUCAACUUUAGUUAACACAGUUUUAACCAGUUUUAUUCAGCACUCUACUAUUUUACCUAAUAAUGACGUGCCUUUGGUUAUUUACCUUUCGUCCUUGCAGUGAAAUGUUAUAUGUUAGUAAAUUAAUCUUGUAACAUGACAACAGCAACUGUGGAUCUGAUGUAUUUUUCUUUGCACAUGCUAAGACGACCCGGUAUGCUGCGUUUGGGAAAACAAAACUAGUCCUAAUCGAGUCUGGAACGAGGAUAGCUCAUGUGAAAACAGCAUAGAUAAAAGUAUUCUAGGCAGAAUACAAAGGGCUGCUAAUAAGUUAUCUGGUAUUAAAGAUAACACUGAAAUUACAAGGGGUAAUAAUAUUUGAAUGUACAUUACGUACAAAUCUGUUAAGCAUGAAAUGAUGCUUGUUAAUGACUUGGAAAAUUGAUUUGAAAAGUGUUACCCAUGAAAGGAAGCACAAAGAAUUAAUUAGCAUACCAUCAGUGUUACUGAACAAUUCCAGUGUAGUUUUGCUUGUAUAACUAAUGUCUACCUUUCGAUAUGUUUAUUCUUUUUCAAGGCAUAUUCUAUAAAACCUCAUUACAAAACAUGUUGUACUAAAUAAGUGAAAUGCCAAACAGAAAAUAAACAGUGACCAUCAAACAUAAUCGUACUACUUACUACUUUUUAUUUUAUUGUACAUUCUCCUUUUAGAUUAGAAUUUUGAGAAAAAAUUAAAUGAACGUUUCUCUAUUGUCUGCACAUAAAAUGAUUAUUAUUUUUAGUUUACAUGAUUUCCCUCCAAAAUUCUAAUUACGUUAUCAGGGAUCCCAAGCGUCCUGGAAAACCUGGAAUUUUGCAAUGCUGUUUUCCAGUCAAGGAAAAGUCAUGCAAAAUGAGAAAGAUACUUAAAUGUUCUGGAAAAUUAUUAUUUGUCCUGGAAAAUAUUUUAGUGUAAUGAAACUGUCUGACUGUGUCACUAACAAGGUUUGUGUUACAUGUACAAAAGCAUAGUAACGAUCGAGACUCGGGAUAGGUGUCAAAAACACAAGUUUGUAUCGUUUCGUCACUGCCCGCGACUGCGCAUUGGGAAACAACAUUAACGGUUGACUUUCACAAAUGAAGCCCUGUCAUGUACAUUCAAUGACGAUGGUUGGACUGCUGAUUUUUUUAACAAAUGCAUUCACACCCUGUGGUGGUAGCGUGGUGAUGCUGCCUUUACACCUCGUGACGUGAUUGAAUUUUUAAUAAUUCAACGUUCAGAGUCCGCUUAUACCGCGGUUAC